CUCGCGGCUGGUCGCGGAAAUUUCUGCAGCCACAGCUCAAUUGUUACAAAUAAAAGAGAUUUAAAUUAAAACAGGGACCCGUGUAAGAUGGCUCGUUUUGUGGCUGGAGCUCGUGGAAUCUUCCGUCGCUAUCCAUUUGUGACCAACAGUGCCAUUUACGGCAGCCUGUAUGUGGGCGCCGAGUACUCGCAGCAGGUGCUGUCCAAGCGUUGGCUGGCGCCGGCGGCAGAGCGUGAGGACAUCGAUUAUGCAACGAUAGGAAGAUACGCAGUGAUGGGUACCGCUGUCUAUGCCCCAACGUUAUAUGCUUGGUAUAAAUGGUUAGAUCGCACUUUUCCUGGCACUACCAAGACCAUUAUUGUUAGGAAAUUGGUACUGGAUCAAUUUAUACUAACGCCUUAUCUAUUGACAAUUUUCUAUGCGGGCAUGUCCAUCAUGGAGGGCUGUGACGAUAUCCUUCUGGAAUUGCGGGAGAAGUUUCUGCCAACUUUUGUACGUUCCUGUAUUUUCUGGCUGCCUGCUCAGGUUCUGAAUUUUUCCCUGGUGGCGCCACGCUUUCGUGUCAUCUAUAUGGGCGUUUGUGGCUUGAUUUGGGUCAAUAUUCUCUGCUGGAUCAAGCGACAGAGUUUGCCGACCACAACAAAAGCAACACCAGCUGAAGACACCACAAAUAAGGUCCAAACGUGAGAUUUGUACAGAAGAUAUACUGAUGUAGUAUGUAGUCCUACUAUUUGAUAGAGUUGGAAGCUGCAUUGACAAAUAAAGACAAACCUGGAAGUACUUGGAAUUGGAA